AAAAAAAUUUUAUUAAAUAGAUAUAUAUAUAUAUAUCUAUAUAUACAUAUAUAUGAAAUGGGUUCACGAUCGCGCAGUCCAUCGGUAAAGCGUCGCCACCACAAGAGCAAACACAAGAAACGCAGCAAGAGUAAGUCACACAAUCGCGACAGGGAACGGGGCCACGAGCACGAGCGGAGCAGCUGCACACGCAGCAGUCGCACGGAUCGAGACAAGUCGACAGAGAUUAACCAGCAUGGUCGGCGAGAACGCGACAGACAUCGCAACGACAGGCACACAACUCAGCACCUGCACACACAUACACACACUGAACGCGAUUAUCACCGGCACUCGCACUCCAAGUCCCGCAAACGCUCCAGCUCAACGAGCAGUGAUAGCCAGCAGUACUCGGACCAUGAGACGCAGCGUAGCCGACAUAAGCGCAGCCGCUUCAAGAAGCUGGAUGAGCAAAAUUUACUGCAGGUGGAGCGACUUGCCGAAAUGGAACGGCAGCGUCGUCAAAAGGAAGCGGAACACAAAACGAUUGAGGAGCAGGCGGCCAAACGCAUUGAAAUGCUAGUUAAGAAACGUGUCGAGGAGGAGCUCGAAAAGCGGCGCGAUGAAAUCGAACAGGAGGUGAAUCGACGCGUUGAUACUGCCAAAGCGGAAAUGGAGCGUGAAAUGAUGCUGGAACUGGAGAAGCGACGCGAGCAGAUACGCGAUGAAGAACGCCGCCGCGAGGUAGGUGCUCGUAUUCAGAUUUCGCUGGACGACUGCUGCUACCACAAUACACAAAAAUACAACCAUACACGCACAAUAAACAGCCUUCGAAUACAACUACAACUACAACCACAACUACCGAAACACACACAAGAACACACACACACGUACAAACCAACAGCAGUUGCAAACAGUCGUCUUGAAAAAAAUGAUUACCCGAAUUUGUGUAGCGACGUUUCCAAUUACCAACUGCAAUUGGCAGCUGCUAAAUGGCUCAGUGUGCCUAUGUGUGUCUGUGCGUGUGUGUCUAACCUCAUUACUAAUCUCCAUUUAAUUGUGAAUCACAAAAAGCACACAGCCAUGUUCUUGCUCACAAGUCAGUCACGGUAUUUCUUAACAAAAUUAGUUUUGUGUUGUUAAAUUUGUAGGGAAUUCGUUAGAUGAUAUUAAAUGAUUUAUUACUAAUAAUUCAUCGAAUAAAAUCUUGUGAGCCAAUUCAGCUCCAUUUUAGUUAAAAACUUGGCAUGUGCAUGCAUGCACAUAGUCCAUAAUAAAUUUAUUUAUUUAUUUUUAUCAUCCUACUUCCACAAUAAAAACUUAUAAUCUAGUCACUCGUCAGUAUGAUACAAAGUAAAAUCUAUUCUUUUAAAUACUAUUUCAAUUUCAUCGUUACUUUUCAAAUCGAAUUGUUAAAUAGUAUUUAUUUGGCUAUUCUAUGUCUUUUAUAUGUAUAUAUAUAUGUAUAUAUUGGUAUUGAUUACCGAAUUUCAUGGAACAACCCGCGGUAGAUUCUUAAAUUCAAAUAUGGAAUCGGUUUGGUAUCAAGAACAUGGUUAACAACAAAGCACGGCUCAAUACUAACAUCUCAACUCAUCUUAUCUCAUCUCAUCUUAUCUUUAAACGGUAAUAUUUUUAGUUGAUAAGCGCAACACACACUCAUGCACAAAUACACUGAGCCUUUGGGCACGUCGCUGCACAUUUCGCCUCUACCUUCUUGCCAACAAUAAUUUUGUAAUUAUUAUUUAUUUUUUUCUACAAAAAAAGAAAAAAAACAAAAGAAAAAGAAUACCAAAGCCAAAAAUGUGACUUGCAGUUUUGACGCCCCCCCAAAAUGUGCAUAAUUCUAUUUUUGCAUUACUUUUAGAUUCAUCUUAUGUUUGUUUGCUUUCAUUUUGAUUGGUUACUGUAACUCGUUGUUGUUGUUGUUACAUAAUAAUGCGCGAUUAUAUGCUUCUAUCGUUCGAAUGUGUGUGUGAAAGAGUAUGUGUGCGAGAGGGAAUAUGAACAAAGACAAGCAGAGAGUAUACACAUGUACAUUUGUAUUUAUGUGUGUGUGUGAAUAUAUAUGCAUAUCAAUAUAUAUAAAUAUAUAUGGUGUAUGUAGCCCCGCUCCCCACCCGAACCCAAGCCGGACACAACUUUGAAGAGAAUUCGGCCACACGGAUGAGAGCAACAACAGCUCUCUAGGAGAUCAUUCAAGAUGUACCGUACCACACACACACACACACGCACACACAAAAACACACACACACACCCAAACAAAUAACCAUACGUAUAUACGUACAGUUGUUGUCGAGUAGCAAAGUUCAGUAGUGUUAGCCAGCCAGGCCAGUUGUUCAGUUGGACAUAUCUUUGGGGCAUAGCUUAGCUUAGCUUAGAUCCAACUGUACGCAGCAUGCCAAAAAAAAAGCCUGAAAAGGUCCCUAAGCCGAUCUAUCAAUAACCAAAACGGGUGAGUGAGUUCCUUAAGCAAACGAAUCGAGUGAAAUAUAUACGAAAAUGGAUGUACGAACUGAAAGUGUGUUAAGUGUGAACAACUAUUGCUUAAUUUUAACGAAAAAAAAAAACAAAAGCAAAAAAAAAAAUCAUAAAUACAUAUACAAAAUAGACUCCAAGGAAUCUUAAGCAUUUCCCACUAGGAACAUUCGUCAUAGGAACAACAUCAAAGCGACUUCAGUCUUAAGAUUGUUAUCGUUAAUCAUAAGCCGGAUUUCCAUUUGUCAAUGGGUAUGACUGUACUUGUUGUUGUUGUCGUGCCAACUUUAAUUUACGUGUGUUUGUUUUCCAAACAUUUAUCGUUUAACUUUAAUCGAAAUGCCUUUUAAUUUGUUCUUUAAAAAACAAUAUGUAAUGUUAUCUUGAUCAAACAACUAUGUAGCUGAAUACCGUAAAUCAAACGGCAAAUUCGCAGCAAAGCCAAAAAAUAAAUUACAAAAUGAUUUAGCCAUUAAACUGGAAAAAUGAACUUUUUCAAAUAGUAAGUAGCAACAAAACAAAACAAAAAAAUAAAAAA